AUGCACAACAUUUGGCAAAGGUCCUCCUCCACAAGAAGGAGACGAUCCAGAGAUCGACAAGGCCUCUUUAACCGCUUUUCCUGGGAUGAACGAGCGAUUCAUGGAAGGGCGCACGACGCCCUCGUUGUUCCUGAAAAGAAUGUCCAUUCAUCCCGUGCGGAGCCUGUACACUCUGGAGAAGCAAUUGUCGUUCGUAAUACUGCAGCUCAUAACAACGACACUAAGAUUUCUUCACUAGGCACACUCUCCAGAAUACUGUCGGUAUCACAGGAUGGGCCACGAAACGAUGGGUCUACCAUCUGGACUCCCUCAUCGACAAAAGAUAAGACCAUUCAUUAUGAGAUGGACAUCGUGGAGGAUGUGGGAAGCCUGUUGGAGGAAUUCUCGCGACUCAAGAGACUAGGCCAUUUCCAGGAAGCGGAACAAUACUUUCAAGAUUCCUUGAGUGCGUUUAUGGAACUAUCACCAGUUACAAUUGAGUUCGCAGACAUGCUAGUCGAACAAGGUUCGUACGAGCGUUUGCAUCGCGUUCUGUCGCAGCACCAACAGCAGGAGCUAGAUACAUUUGACAGUAUCUCAAGCCUGCCGGAGAACAACCGUGCCAGAUUUCUAUAUCAAGCGAACUUGCACCUCAUACAGCAAUUCGCGGCCAUGCAGUCCCACGGGUCGCUGGACGAGGCAUAUGUAACAGUCCGAUCCUUGGAGCGCCAAAUGCGUGUCCUAAGGCGACGUUGGAGGAGGGACUCGACUCUUGAUCUGGACUCGGCUGAAGUGCAAGUGAUCCGUUAUGCGCUAUUGAUUCUAUCGCAGGUUGAGCGUGAAACAAAUUUGAUUGCAGAGCAUGAGUUCAAUUUCUGGUCUAACUGGCACUAUCUGUACAGCGCUCUCGUGACUGAAGGGCGAGUAUGGGAUGCGCGAGAUCUAAUACUCGCUUCCAUUCAGACGGAAGGUCCAGCAAAUUCGUGGAACUUGAUCUUCGAAGUAGAACUUGAUUCUCCCAAGGAUGCGUUUCGCAAACUCAUUGGCGACUGGGGCUUGCAUCGGUACGAUGAGUCAACAUAUCUCGCCAUUCUAGAUAUUCUAGUGUGUCUGAGCCGCGGUUUGUCCUCAUGGUCUAUCUCGUUACCAGAGAGACAGGACUUGCUCACUGCUCAACGAUGCCUCCAGUAUGGGCAAGCCCUUGCAACCUGCCUCAAGGAGAACAACCCGCAGCUGGUAAAAUCUCGUCCUUACCUACAGUGGGUUAUUGCUGAAGCGGAACUGGAGAGGAAGCUUCAACCCAACACCUCAGGUUUAGAUCUGCGAGACCACCUUAGCAAAUUUCCAGGCCUGACCAUCUGGAGGGGCGCUGUUCCUAUUUAUCUUCCUAUCAAAAUGGAGAACCCGAAGUGGACGGUGCCUAGAGACGGUGGACGGAGCUAUGAUCUUCUUGAAACCGUCCUUCAAGCGGCACAAGACCUGAAGGACUACAGGACAGAGGCCUUAUGCUUGGGUGAGCUAAUCUAUCGUUCAGUAAACACGAGCGAAAGAUUGACUCGGUUAUCCCAUCUCCAGAAGUCCAUUCAGGGGGAUAUUGUCGGCUAUCGACAGACGUCCCUGUCGUGGUUCCUUCUUGCUGACACUGAACAAGACUACAAGCUUCUUCUAGACAGCUUGAAAAACAUACAGGAACCGAAACGAUCCCUAGGAUUUCUCUAUUCUCUGAGUGACUGGUGUGCAAUUGUUAUCGAACGAGCUAUUUCACACUGCCUGGCGGAGGAUGUAUCGUCUUCUGAAGAAGCUUUCCAAAACACCAAGGAGGGCUUCUCUAUCUACCUCCCGCAAUACAUAAAAGACCAGUUAGAGGCGCUCGGUCUGAAUAAGGUAUACUUCGCAGUCUCAAGGGUCGGAAAGCCCCAGGCACCUGACAUACGACAUCGCAAUAUCACAGACGUUCCGACAAUGGAACAGUAUACUCGACCCCACGAUUCUUUUGAGAGUUUGGGUGACGAGAGACAUGGGCAGUCUGAGCCACUGCUCUCCUUUCAGAGACGACCAGAGCGCACGUACACAGAAACUGUGAAAAUCAAUGAUAGUGAUGAUGAUGACGAUUAUGAUGAUGAUGAUGAUUCCGAUGAUGACGUUGGCGAGUAUACCACCGACAGCAGCUUCGACACAGCUAGAUCAGAUGAUGGUUGGGUGAAUGGUGAGAGGGCUCAUUUGACAUCGCUCGUUCGUAGUACUUCACGAUUUGGUCCAAAUUCGAGAAGCGCGACCGUUGAAGAUGUCAGUAGUAGCAUAUAUGAGGGAUAA